AUGUGGCGGCGAGCGAUUGCAUGGCGCGUGGGGCGCUUCAGCGAGAAAGAGCAGUGCGCUAUGCGCUCCCCCCGUGCGUCGCUCGGCUUCUCCCCUCUGCGACCCAAGCCUGUGGCUAAGCCGCCCAGCAUGAAGCCCAGGCCCAGGGAUGUGAUGGGUACCGCUGCUGCUGUGAAGCCCAGAGCGGUGCAGAGCGGUCAAGCGACCGUCGCAGCUGCAGCAACCAAAGCCGCGCCUGCUAAGGCGACGCCAGCAAAGGCGUCGGAAGCUAAGGCUGCGCUAGCUAAGGUGACUCCAGCCAAGGCGACGCCAUCUAAGGCGACGCCAGUUAAGGAGGCGCUAGGAAAGGCGACGCCAGCGAAGGCGACGCCAGUUAAGGCGGCGCCAGCUAAGGCAACGCCAGGUGUUGUGGGAGAGAUGGGAGGAGAGGCGGAGGAAUGUGGUGAGCUGGAAUGGGGAGGCAUGGCAUGA